UUUCGCUGGUUUCGCAUUCAGAAUUUUCUCCUUCAAGCGUGUGGAUCGUUUCGUCAGCGUUUUCGUUCGGAAAAAUUGCUAUUGUGGAAAAUAAUUGUUGUUUGUAAAAAUGCUCGAACUCUAGUGGAUGUGAAUACGCAUUUCCGGACGAAGAAAAUGAUCGAGUGUUGCGUCAAUCUGUGCCCGUCGAAUUCGUCGGACGGGGAAGUUUCGUUCUAUCGCUUUCCGGUGAUUCGAUCGGAUGGGAAUCGUCAGUCAUCGAUCGAGCGAAGAUCCGCUUGGAUCCGUGUUGUGGGGCGGAAAAACAUCGACUGGGAUCUGGCGGUGGUGUGCAGUCGGCACUUUGCCUCUGGACGACCGUCGCAGUUGUACGAGCACGACAAUACGGAUUGGGUUCCGUCGCUGGAGCUGAACGGUGAGGGGCUAAAACGAGUGAGGAAGGUUGUGGUCGAACCCAGAGCAUCGCCGACGACGGCGGUGGUGGUGGAGGACGGGGCCGCCCCACACGAACCUAAGCAGAGUAUUUUGGGAUCGCUGCUGUUGGCACGGAGUACGAAUCCACCAUUUCCUAAGGUGUUGUUGAAAGAUCCGUUUGAGGAGACAAUCAGAACAAGCUCAACGAAAAUCUGCCGUCUAUGUUUGGGCAAGGAGGUGCGGCUAACCAGACCAUUUCAAGAUGAUAGCGGCCCGGAUGACAGCCUGCUGCAAAAAAUCUAUGAAUGUACUACCGUGAAGAUCACGCUAAAAGCUAGCUACCCGGCGUCCAUUUGUGCAAUAUGUGACUCUAAACUGAGCGAGUACAGCAAGUUCCGUGAAAAAUGCAUCGAAAAUGAUGAACUCCUGCGUACCAUCCUCGACGGUGACAGCGCCUGCCAAGAGAAGGUCGUCGUUCCGGUGGAGGCAAAUGACGCACCGAACACUAGCAUUCGACCGGUGGAAUAUCAGGAAUCGAAUGAGAUCCGAGAUCUCCAGCUGCAGUUGUACGGUUCCUCCGAUGAGAACACUGUCAGCCAGAGCGAGUUUGUCGGUUCGGAUGGAGCGACCGUUGCACCGCUGCCGAAAAUUACUAGCGUUACCUCGAAUGCUCCAAUCGAUACCAGUGCCAGUCCCAGCGUAGUUCAAAUCGGGACAAAAUCCCCUGCCGUGGAUGAAUCACCGAAACCGGAUAAAGUGGCUACACCGCCUCCCAAGCCCACGAUCAGCGUGAAGCCUUUAUCCAGUUUAGCUGCUACCACGUCGGAGGUAUCUUCCAAGCCGACAGCUUCCGAUUCGGCCGAAUCAUCUGCAUCUAAGGAAGUCGAGAAGGUGACCGCUCCAGCGAAUUAUGGGUCGGAUGGUCGGUUAGAAUGCACGAUCUGCGCACGACCCUUUCGGAACUCGUACACGCUACGUCGUCAUAUGAAUUUACACACGGAGGAAAAUCUGUACACCUGUGAGUACUGCGCCAAGAAGUUCAACGACCGAUCCAAUUGGAAGAUUCACCUUCGUGCUCAUACCGGAGACAAUUUGCUGCGGUGCUUGGUCUGCUUCAAAACGUUUAUCUCGCCUUCGACGUUGAAAUAUCACCUGCGAGCUCACAGAAAGCUAAAAGUGUUCGAGUGCAGGUUUUGCGUGGAAACGGCCACGACCUACGAAACCCUAUCGGAACACAUUGCUGCCAAGCACGGCGAUGUAAGGCUGGAAGACUAUACUAAAAUUUCGGAGGAAUCGUUUAUGGCUGGCGACUUUUUGAAAAUCGAAAUGGAAGCCGACGAAACUACACUAACAGUGACGGUUCCUCGUUCGAACGCCGAAAGUAGUGAAGCCGGUUCGGAGACGACGCUGCAACUUCCUCCUUUGAUUCCGGCACCGCCCGGUGCAGUUGCGUCCAUCAGUCAAAGUAAGGGCAGCUCUGACGAGGUCGUCAGAAUAAAGGAAGAAAUUCUCGACCCGGAUGAAAUUGAGAUUAAACAGGAACCGAUGGAUGAUGACACUCUGGGGUCGAUGGCCAUGGAUGCCGGACAUACUCAAGUCCAGCAACAGCUGACGGCGCUGAUUCCACCGGCAGAUGAGCAGGAAUCGCCACCGGUGAUUCUGUUCCGAUGCGACUACUGCAUGAAGAUCUUCAAGUACCUCUACGAACUACGCGUGCACAUGAGGAUACACAACGGGGCGAAAGUGACGGAAAAGUCAUCUCCGGUGAAGCCUCCGCCAGCGAAGAAACCUCGCCACCCUUCGAUCGACGAGGACGUUGGUGAGCUAGAGCAUGCUCCGCUGCCGGAGCAUCAGUGUGACAAGUGCGAAAAGUGCUUCCGCACGGAAGAGCUGCUCCGGGUGCACAUCGAGACCCACAAAAUGGACGAAAACGUUACGAUGGCUCGAAGCUGUAAGAUCUGCCUCAAAACAUUCAAGUGCGAGCUGAACCUGGUGUCGCACAUGCGCAAGCAUCACAUAUACGAGUCCUACGUCGCCGACCAGCAGCAACAGGAACAGGACCAACAGAAAGCAGCAUCGGUCGAGGAGAAACCGCAAUCCCCCGACAGCAGCAGCAACGAGGGAGGUAAUCAGUCUCAGGGUGAAUCGGUCGACACAAGCUCGACGGCGGAGGGCGGUGGAUCCACCACCACGCGAAAGUGUGAAAUCUGCGCCUUCACCUUCGACUGUGCCUACAAAUUAGAGCAGCACAUGAUGACCCAUUUCAAGAAUAACGAAGCGGUUGCGUUUUUGCCAUCGGCCGAUCGGCCCUACAAGUGUACCGAGUGCCAUAAGCGGUUCAAGCGGAAGGACUACCUGUUGAUUCACAUCCGGACGCACACCGGCGAACGACGGCACAAGUGUGAUAUGUGCUCAAGUGCGUUCGUGCAUCCGUCGAAUCUGAUUACCCAUCGUAAGUUGCACUCCAACGAGCGGCCGUUCAAGUGCGAUCUCUGCCCGGCGGCGUUCAAACUUUUCGCCGGACUAAAGAUCCACCGGAAGCGGUGUGUGCUCAAAUACCUACAGGAAAACAGUGUCACGGUAGCAGACUAGGGAGGACCUUUUAGGCUAGAGGAUAUGUAAGAUGACCGACUAAGGCGACUACUAUCAGAAUAGGCAUAGCAUGUAAGAUGUGCGCGCGUUUGUUUCGGUAUAAGCUGUCACUUGAUUUACUUUGCAAGCAAUCAAAACGUUUCUUUUGAAGUUUUUUUCUUCGAUUUUUUUUGCCUGUUUGAUUUGUUUGUCUUUAGAGCUAUUCUCGCAGUGAUUAACAGUUUCUUUUUUUAAGUUUUCUCUUCCUGUACUAGAUAUAUAUAUAUUUGUCUGUAAUUAAACGUUAAUGUCAGGUCUUCUGUUUAGGUCUUGUAGGUACGAUUGCAAAAUCAUAACGGAAAACAAAAAAUGUAACAUGUAGGUUGGAUAAGCGAAACAUUUUUGAAAUGCCUAUGUUGCAAACUUUAUCGUAAGUUCUAACUUUUGUGAACGGUUUACUAUACAAUCCAUAAAAUGAAUAAAAUUGUAAAAGUAUGUAUUUUAAU